AUGGCAUGCCAGGCAUUCAGCGCCGACUCUUUCGCCCCACUUUCAGAUUCAGCCUUGCCAAUCCUCAUGCACCACGCCUCUACCGUCGACUGCCUGCCAGCCAGCUCCCAUGCUCACAGCAUGGUUUCUGCAGUAUCAUCAGGGCUGUCCCUGGGUCAGCCCUCCAAGCGCUCCCACAUGCACCUGUCCACCUCCUCCCUCGGCAACACUCUCGGCAACUCAGGCCUACAUUACCCAGUCGCCCCUUGUCACUACGGCAACCAGCAGGCCACCUAUGGCAUGAUGGCAGCUCAGGAGAUGCUCUCUGCCAGUAUUUCUCAGACUCGUAUCCUGCAGACAUGUGGUGUCCCUCACCCCAACAUGGUAGGCAGUGCAAACCCAUUGCAAGGGUCUCUUACUCCUUGCUUGUACAAGUUUCCGGAUCAUGGUUUGAGUAGUAGCUCCUGUGCAUUAAGCCAUGGUUUCUCCUCACUGCCCCCGGCCCUCCUCUCCACUGAUGAGGCCCCUGGAGUCCUGAGUAUUAUAGAGAUGAAAACUGAUAGCCAAAGGAAGAGCAUGCGGGACCCAGAAGAUGUCCCUGCCAUGGACUCCCCGCAGAUACGAGAGCUGGAGAUGUUUGCCAACGACUUCAAAAUACGGAGGAUCAAACUCGGCUACACACAGACUAAUGUAGGCGAGGCCCUUGCUGCAGUGCACGGCUCAGAGUUCAGCCAGACCACAAUCUGCCGCUUUGAAAAUUUGCAGCUGAGCUUCAAGAACGCCUGCAAACUCAAGGCCAUUCUGGCUAAAUGGCUUGACGAAGCUGAGCUGGCGGGUGCCUUGUACAAUGAUAAAAUAGGAAUGAAUGAGCGGAAAAGGAAAAGGAGAACAACUAUCAGCCUGGGAGCUAAGGAGGCUCUGGAGCGCAGCUUUGUGGAAAAAAGCAAGCCAUCCUCCCAGGAAAUAGCCCGAAUAGCCAAAGGCCUCCAUCUGGAGAAGGAGGUGGUCAGAGUCUGGUUCUGCAAUAGACGCCAAAGAGAGAAACGUGUCAAAACCAGCCUUAACCUCAGCAACUGUUUAAGCAAACUCAGUCCACACUGCAUCGCACAGAUGAGUAAAACACAAAGACCAAUGACAUAGUUAUAAGGUUCAGCUAGAGUGUCCGUUUACCUCUAGUCUGAUGGAGGCUCCUUCAUGACCACAGCUAGUGAAAAUGUGUUAUUUUAAAAUCAAAUGUCUGACAGAAAUCCCUGGGAGAACAGGAAACAGAAAAACCCAAUAAUAAAAACUGCCCUCAUUCUGCAUUCAGCAGCUGUUAACGCACUUGAAACAAUUUCACUGAUUUAACAUUCAGAUGAUAAUUUAUAUCCUGUGAAGGUCAGCCUAACUUUCUUGAAGUUGAAACUGUGAAGAUAAAAGCUUUUCAUUAACCUCAUAUGAUCUGCUGGUUUGACGCUGCAGUUAUGACCUGACGUAUGUAAUGAAUCUUGUCUGUGCCUUGUUUACUCUAUGUAUACUGAAAGAAUAUUAAUAACAUAGACCAAAUAUAAUGUGAUCUAUCAGAGUGCAGAUGAGCACUCGUAUAGAUCAGCCCUGUGCCUUUCUAAAAACAGAUGUUAGCUCAACUUUCGUUCUUUUAUUUUUAAGAGAGAAGGGAAACUUUAUUGUUGAGAUAAUG